AUGAACCCCAGAAAGCAAGACUUGCAACUCAAGCUUUCCCAUUUUAGCAUCAUAUACCUCUAUAAAAUCCCAUAUCUUCCAACCAAACCAAUACACCAUACCCCUCCAUCUUUACUCAUGACGUUGCUACUAGUCCUUUUUACCUUUUCACUCUCAAUUACCCCUCUUUCGUCGUUAGUAUCCAACGACAAAAUUAUUCAUGAUGAUGGUAACCCUCAUAUGAUCUCUAGAACUAAACUUCUAGCUCUGAAUCCAUUUUACCAAUGUGAUGUGUAUCCCAGGGUAUGUCGAGCAAGGGGUGGUGUAGCGCCAGAUUGCUGCAAGAAGAAAUGUGUGAAUGUGGAUACAGAUCGUUCGAACUGUGGGUUUUGUGGGAAGAAAUGCACGUCCAAUGAGAGUUGUUGCCAAGGGAAGUGUGUAGAUGUGUCAGCGAAUCGGUUGAAUUGUGGUUUUUGUGGGUUGAAAUGUAAAUAUAACGAGAGUUGCUGCAAAGGGAAGUGUAAAAAUACAUAUGUUGACAAGAGAAAUUGUGGGGUGUGUCAAAACAAGUGCAAAAAUGGAGAGUCUUGUGCCUUUGGGAUGUGCAAUUAUGCAUGA